GGCAGCUAGACAGUGCGGAAACAAUUCUGUGUCGAGAAUCAGAACGUGUAGUUUUGUCAAAACCCUUUUCGAAUAUUCGUCAUGAUAGGCCUACCUCACUCCGAAAAAUGUAAACAUGACUUGAUAAAGUAUUGGGACAUCGAUGCUGAUGCUUGCAAACCUUGCAAAGAUAAAUACGGAAUGCCACGACCAGGUAAGGGGUUUGCAGCCAACUGUGGCUUUGAUGAUGACGGUGGGCAGCACGAGCCUCCCAUUCAGCCAUGUGAAGGAGGGAGAACCUUCAACAACGGCAGUUUCCAGAGAUGCCAGAAGUGUUCCGAAUGUGCCCCCAUCUUGGAAGAAUGCAGCACAACCACGGACACUAAAUGCUGUUUAGAGGGGGAGUACAUUGACAAACAUGACAAAAAGUGCAAAGAGGGACCCAUAACGAUAUCCCCUGCUCCUAGAGAACGCCGGGAAGAAGACAGCCCUACAACUCAUAACAAUGCCACAUGGCCCGUCACCAUCUUAUUGGUGUCUGCUGUUCUUAUCUUGUUUCUAUUGUACAUCACGAGGAAAAAAUGGAUGAAGAAGACAAACUUUAGGGGCUGUUACAGAGGAUCACAGUGUGACACCCCAAAACGGUUUACACAAUCUACACAAUCUAUGGAUGACAUCAUUGAGCCAGAUCUGCAAGCGGCGCCAUUACAACAUCUUCUGAACAACUUGGACGUGGUGGAGGAGCUGGUUGUCCUGCUUGAUCCAGAUACCGGCUCACUGAAAAACACACGCCACCUGGCCGCACGGUGUCACUUCCAGUCCAGCUGGAUCACCUACGCGUACUCCAGAAGAGACUGCAAGAGCCCCCUGGUGGCCAUGUUGGAGGCUACAGCCACCAAGUCGCCAGACUGGACCGUGGGUGAGCUGGUUGGGCAUCUUCUCGAGAUGGGCCGGCGUGACGCUGUGGAGGUCCUUAAGAAACUUUCAACUCCAAGAAUGUCCCACGAAAGUCACUAUAUAUAAACUUUUAUAUAAAUUAGAAUUAGAGAACAAGCAAAUAUGUUUAUCUUGGUCUCUCACACGACAUGGUUCCAGUGAUCCAUAUCCUUGGUCUGUUCAUCUCUCUUGAGACCAAGAUAAACAAAUUUGCUUUAGAUGGUGUCAAGCAUGUGUGAUGGUAAACAAGUGAGUUUAAAAAAAAAUAGCCAAGCAUGAUAGUGGGACUGACAUGGUUUGGGGAUGCAUGAAUGCUGUCAACAUUGGCAAUCUGAAAUACACCUAAAAGAAACAUGCAUGUCAACAUGCACUGUGACUACUGAAGCAGAUCAUGAUAUUCCCCAUAGGAUUACAUUCAAAUGAAACACCAAUCAAUUUAAGCCAGAUGCAGAAUCAAAAUGUAAAAGUUCAAUGCGAAGAAAGGUUGAAACGCACACUGAUGACCUCCCUUUUCAUCCCUUUUCAUUUCGAUUCAUUUCGAGAUGAUUCGAGCCAACACAGCCCCUUCUCUACCCGAUUUUCAUCUGGGGUGUACUCACUUUUGUGAGUACAUGUUCGAACAUUAAUGGCUGUAUUUUGUUUUUUUCUGAGUGAACAAGAAAUGUAAGCGGUUAAAUAAGUUGUUAAAAGGUCACUAAUCAUUGUGUCAAAGUGAAAUUUCUGUAAUGCUUUGCUAUGAAAAGAUAUACUCAAAAAUCUGCAAAAACUGUGAGGGUGUAUUCACUUUUGUGAUAUACUGUAUUUGGGUAUUGUAUUUUGUAAUUGUAUUUUGUAUUAUAUAUUUUAAAAUGUGUGUGUAUUUUUUACUCUUUUUUUUACAACUUUUUACUUCCUUUUUUUCAAGGAACAUCAAACCUGUCAAGGGACAAAAGACCUGUCAAGGGACAAAAGUCAGCUACAAUCUUGUAUAUUUAGCAUUUUUGUUUAAAUGCUGGCAAUAUAUGCUGUCCCUUUCUUAAAUAAAUAAACUUGUAAACUUGUAAUCAAUUGAUGAUGGCUGCAGCCUACUCUUAAGCCUUGUGCGCAUACAGUAUGCGUGUGUGCUCGCGCAUGUGUGUCACACAAUGCAGCAAUAUAAUACACAAAAAGCCAUGUGAUAUAAAAUGUAUAAAAAUGUAUAAAAUAUAAAAAAUUAAGCCGAAAUGUAAUAUUUUCAGUAGUUUAUUUCCAGAAUUCAUGCUGCCCAUUCACAAAUGUCAUCUUUUCUAUUAGUAUAUUCCACCACUAUCAGUUUCUAUGUAUUCUUCUUGAGAAUAAUAAAAGUUUCAGGUGCACCCAAGAACAUUACACAAUUUCUUACCACAUCAUAACAGCAUGAAAUUUCCUACCACCACCACCACAACAUCAAUUCUUACGAUAGACUAGGUAAUUACAGAUCCACCUUUUGUGUAGAUUUAUCCAGCAACAGCGAACCAGAAAAUGUGAUGCAGCGAGAGGUUUCAUCACUCCAGGCCUCUCCACUGUCCUGGCCCACAGUGACCUGAUCAUUCUGCGCCAACUCAGCCAUGUAGGUGCACAUGCUACCCACAGUGAAUCCUAUUUUAAGGUGAGAAUGACACACAACUUUACACACGCCGUUUACUUUCAGACACCACAGAUUGUCUCUGUAACUUCUAGUGCUUUGGGUUGAGAAGAAAAACUGGUAGAUUCCAUGAACUGGAGCAGUGAAGAUGCCAGUAUCUCCACUAAAGGCCAGUCCUUCAUUCAGAGUGACAUCAGAGAAAGGGAUGGGGUGCAUUUGUCCAUAGAUUGGCGAAGGGUGUGCAGCAUAGAAGUGAACAGCUCUGGGACCUUAAGGUAAGCGCAAACAUAGAGAAAUUGGUGGAGAGAUU